GCGGGGCCUGCGGCGAUGGAGGCGCUGCCCGAGCUCUACGCCAUCUUCCAGGGAGAGGUUGCUACGGUGACAGAAUAUGGGGCAUUUAUAAAAAUUCCAGGCUGCAGGAAACAAGGCCUUGUCCAUAAGACUCACAUGUCCUCCUGCCGCGUGGAUAAACCCUCAGAGAUAGUCGACGUUGGAGACAAAGUAUGGGUAAAGCUUAUCAGAAAAGAGAUGAAAGAUGACAAACUGAAACUCUCCCUCUCCAUGAAGGUUGUUAACCAAGGCACGGGAAAAGACCUCGAUCCAAACAAUGUUUCCCUUGAUCAGGAUGAGAGGAAAAAACGCAUGUUCAGAGACUACACGAGUCAGAAGAUCACGCUUGAAGCUGUCUUGAACACUGUGUGCAAGAAAUGCGGUUGCAAAGGUCAUUUUGCCAAGGAGUGUUUCGUGCAGCCUGGAGGUACCAAAUAUAGCCUCAUUCCAGAAGAGGAGGAAGAGGAGGUGGCAGCAGCAGGAUAUGAAAGAGAGAAAAAGACCAGCGUGGCUGACGAUUCUUCAAAAAAAAGGAAAAAGGAGAAGAAGAAGAAGAAGAAGCACAAGAAUAAGCAGUCCUCUGAGUCGGACUCGGACAGCUCGGACUCGGACAGCGAUGGGGCUCAGCUGGCCAGCAAGAGGACCAGGCAUUCGGGGAAGCCCAGCAAGGCUCAGAAGAAGAAGAAGAAAAAGAAGCAUAAGAAGAAGCCCCGGGAUUGAGCGAGCAGGCAGGCAGGGGUACCGGCAUUGUGAGUCCCUGGUGCACACCACGAGGAGCGAGCAGAACUGAAUCGGCGCGCCCCUUGCUCCAGGGACAAGGAGUUUCCUUCUCCUAAAAGUAACGCUUGGCAUGUGGUGUUAAAGGUGUUGACUUUGAUACAAGUUGUCCUCCUAGGCGCGGGCUACCAUGUUCUCCCACCAGUAGGCGCUCCUGCCAAAACUGGCUAAUUGCACCCCUUCGUCGGCACCUCUCCCAUCCUGUAGCCUCACGUUUCGCUGGGUAAGCUGCCAGUGCUCGGUGGCUCCCCUGGACAGUGCGGCCAGCUGCACCCAGCCUGCAUGACAUCAGCCCCCAUCCAGUUGCCUGUAAAAGGUGGAGUCACGCUCGUCCCUGCUCGUCCCUGCGCUGCGCUCGGGGACAGGGCUGGUCGUUGCUGGGCCCUGCGAUGGCGCUACGUCCUCCCAGCCCGUAAUGGUGCAGAGCUGCUUGCCUCUGGUCCGCAAACCCUCCCCCAGCCUCGCUCAUUUUGUCUGCAAACAUUGGGAGUGGAAGAGGAAGAAGCAAAUGGGGGAGUGGAGAUAUUUAAAAUAAACAUUAACUGUGGUGUGUUUGCCGCCUUGGUAGGUGAUGGAAAAUAAAUCUCUCCAAUCUCCGUUU